AUGCGGCAGAAUUUCCUUCCUGUUGAAAUCCUACCAUGUAACUAAUUUCAGAAUAGAAUAUAAGAGAUCAGAUCAGAAGGAUCAUCACUGUUAGAUUCUGUAUGAUCUAUUGAGACUUACUAUAAUCUCUGCAGGAACCUCAAGACAUUUACAACCAUGAAAUUGCUGAUAGCAGGACUAGUUCUGAUUCUAGUGGUGGAAACUAACACCCAGUGGUACAACUUUCCUGUUGAAGCUGCCCAAGGAGCUCGUGAUAUGUGGCGAGCAUAUGAUGACAUGAAGGAUGCCAACUGGAAAAACUCUGACAAGUACUUUCACGCUAGAGGGAACUAUGAUGCUGCCCAGAGAGGAAAUGGAGGCAGAUGGGCUUCUGAAGUUAUAAGUAAUACCAGAGAGUGGGUGCAGGAACGAAUGGGUCAUCAUGCUGAGGACACAGAGGCUGAUCAGGCGGCAAACCGACAUGGACGUGAGGGAGGAGAUCCCAACAUUUACAGGCCAGCAGGACUGCCUGAAAAAUACUGAGUGAAAACCAUCAACCUCUAAUAAAGGAAUGAAAGACA